UAAUUGAUUUUUUCCAUUCCACCGCCACUUGCACUCCGCGACCGGUUAAAAGCCUCCAUCAAUCAAGCCAAGGAAUCGUCUUCUCCGACCUCCUCCUCCUCUCCUCCGCUUUCUUCCCCUCGCCCCUACUCCCAACCUACCCCUUCCUCUCUCUUCUAUUACGCCGCCGCUGCCGCCGCCGCCUCCCCUCCCCUCCUUCUCCUCCUCCUCCUCCUGUUACUAUCCCCCAGCGACCGCCUCCCCUUUACUCCCUGCUUGUGUGGUCAGAUCGGUUGUCUAGCGUCACCCGCCGGGGAAAUCCGUUGACACGGCGGUUUCCAGGCAGAUCUGAGCUUGUCGGCCAAGAAAGGCGCCGGCUUUUCCGGUGAUUCAUACCUGAGGAAGCCGCCCGCCGUUGCUUGCUUGCUUGGUCUGCUAACUCCUGAGUCCCGAUGGCCACUUCUCCGACCGCGGCCCCGGCGGCGUCGUACUGGUGCUACCAGUGCGACCGCUUCGUCCGCGCCACUCCGCAGGAGGACGACGACUCCUCCGCCGUCGUCUGCCCGGGCUGCGGCGGCGGCUUCCUCGAGGAGAUGGGCGCGCCGCCGCCCCGGGCCGCCUACCUCCGCCGCCCGCGCCCGCACCACCACACCACCGACCUGCGCCUCCGCCGCACCCGCCGCGGCGCUGCCAGCGCCGCCGCGGGGGAUCGCUCCUCGCCCUUCAACCCCGUCAUCGUGCUCCGCCGCUCCCCGGCUCCCGGCGCCGCCGGGGAUGACGACUCCCCCGCCGCCGCCAGCAGCUUCGAGCUCUUCUACGACGAUGGCGUGGGCUCCGGCCUCCGCCCGCUCCCCGAGAGCAUGUCCGACUUCCUCAUGGGCUCCGGCUUCGAGCGCCUCCUCGACCAGCUCGCCCAGAUCGAGGCCGGCGGCCUCGCCCGCGCCAGGGACAACCCGCCGGCCUCCAAGGCCGCCAUCGAGUCCAUGCCCACCGUCACCGUCGACGCCUCCCACGUCGGCGCCGAAUCCCACUGCGCCGUCUGCAAGGAGCCCUUCGAGCUCGGCGCCGAGGCCAGGGAGAUGCCCUGCAAGCACAUCUACCACCACGACUGCAUCCUGCCGUGGCUUGCUCUCAGCAACUCCUGCCCUGUCUGCCGCCACGAGAUGCCCACCGACGCGCCGCGCUCCCGGGCCAGCAACGACGGCACCAACGAGGAGGAGACCACGGUCGGGCUCACCAUCUGGAGGCUCCCCGGAGGCGGCUUCGCCGUCGGGAGGUUCGCCGGCGGGAGGAGGCCCGAAGAGAGGGAGCUCCCGGUCGUCUACACAGAGAUGGACGGCGGGUUCAACAACGGCGGCGCACCGAGGAGGAUCUCCUGGGGGUCGAGGCAGAGCCCGUCGACAGAGAGGAGCAGCAUUAGGCGCCUGCUACGCAGUGUCUUCGCGUGCUUUGGGCGCGGGCAUUCGUCGAAUUCGCAGGCCUCGUCUUCCCACAUGAGGCCUGAGCUGAACGACGCAGCAUCCGAUCGGAGCGCCGCGUUCAGCCAUGGCUCGAGAAGCCGGAGCACGAGCUGGAGACUCGAGGACGGCCACGCCGAUGCAAUGGUGCAAAGAUAAACUACGAAAGCUUGUUGCUUGUUUCAUUCAUGUAUUUACUUAGAAGAAACACGAGGGAUUUGUAGAACAGAAUUGAAUUGGUGUUGUACAUAGAGCAGCAUCUCUAGACGAUGAAUUUGCAGGGGGAGUCGUCCACUAUGAAUGAUGAUUUUGAAUUGAGCAUUUGGUUGGUUGGUACAUCAGGAGGUGAUGAAUUGGUUUCAUUCGUAGCAAAUACUGGCAUGUUUGAUGAUUCGUUCGAUCCAAUGUGGCACCAUUAUGUUCUUUGCGUUUGUAAGAACACAAUGAAUGUUUGAUGUUUACAUCGCUGUUGCAGGAUUCAAUAAAAAUCUUGUCCGAGAUAUUUGUCUGGUUCA